CUUAAACAGUUUAUACCAAGUGGUUUGGUGUGUAUACUAAGGAAAGGAAAGAGUUUAUGACACACGAAACAACAAGUAACCCAGGGCUAAAGCUAACAGAAGAAGCUAAAAUUGGAAUAUCUAGUCUAAUAGGAAUAACACAGACUGGAAUACUGGAGGAAUGUUGAAGAAAUCAGUUUGGAAAUGGUCAAGAAUUCGUUAGAGGAUUUAGCGUAAGCAUUUUUCACUUUUUGCUGUUCAGAAGUCAGGGGUCUGAUAUCGAGGUUUCAUGCAUUUAUGACUGAAGUUGGAAUAAAGACAACAUUUGAGACUUAUAGGAAGGACACAGACGGUAUAUUAUACUUCCGGGGAAUACUGACGGACAAGUGCAAAAAUAACAGGCGGAAUUGUCAAAACUUGGAGCAUUUCUCCAACCUCAAGAAGUCAAAAAUUGAUAAAGUCAUUACUAAAACUGGAGGAGAAUCUAGAUACCUAUAGGAAUAAGACACACGUUCUCAAAGGAAAUGCACUUAUUGUGGCAUAUUGAGGAAAUCAGUUGAUCACACCGCUGAGACAAUUUAUUUCAUUUUUCUACAUGUAGUUCAAAGACCUGAGUCAAGAUCCGGGUUUGAAAUUCGACAUCAAAAGUCAUGAAUGAAAUGCAGUGACCGGAUUUUACUCUUAAUUACUCAAUUCAUCGUGCAAUUACACUGAUAGAGACCCCCUGCCGUCAUCAUGAAGACCUCAUUUCUAAACAUCAUCAUCCCAAUCGUAUUGUAUCUGGACCUCGCGUCCUAUUGCCAUGGUUACAUCUCAGCAUUCUAUGCCGACAACGGACUCUACCAGAGUAUGCCCAUCCGGAAGUUACGUAAUAAGGAACGACGGGAAAUGCAACAGGAGAUUCUGACACUUCUAGGAUUACAACACAGACCUCGUCCCUUCAAACGCAAGGCUAAGGCGUCUGCACCGAGGUUCAUGAUGGAUUUAUAUAAUUCUAUAGAGGGUGAUGAUCAGAAUGUCCGCAAGGCGGCGCGAAUGGACAUGAUGGAGUUAUUUAACACGACUGUGAACGCGAUGAAGGAGGUCUAUGAUGCCGAUAUGAUCAUGAGCUUCGUCAACAAAGCUGACAGAAUCGACCUCAUCCGCCACGAGAGAGACAGACGACUUUUCUUUGACUUCAGCGAGGUGUCACUGGAUGAGACGCUCAUUGGGGCAGAGCUGAGGAUCUUCAAGCGGAAGGCUUCAUCACUGCCGGAUUCAACUUAUACUCUCUACAUACACAAGAUGAAGCAGGGGCUGGACUUCGAGGACAAAGUUCUUGAGCUGGUCCACAACAUCACGGUGGAGUCCUCAUUCAAAGGUUGGCUCCACUUCAACAUUACAAACACCGCCCUUCCCUGGGUGGUCUUCCCGCACGAAAACCUCGGUCUGUACAUCUCCGUCAUGGACGCAGAUGGCAACGAGGUCAAACCACGUGACAUAGGAAUUGUGGGUAGAUCGGACAAACACGAAAAGCAGCCAUUUUUGUUGGCGUUUUUCCGGAUCCCGCGAGAGGUUCACGUGAGACGAACGAGAGAGGCGAGGAAGAAAAGAAACAAGAAAAAGAAACAACCGCGGUCGUCAAAGAAACAUGAUGAGCCGGAUUAUGAUCCGGACGAGAUGGCAUUUUCUGACCAGAGCUGGUCCUGGGGACGAAUGUCAUAUAACAGAUACGACCACCAAGUCUGCCAGAGACGGACGCUGUACGUCAGCUUCAAAGACUUAAAAUGGCAGGAUUGGAUCAUCGCCCCCGAGGGCUAUGCGGCCUUCUUCUGCCACGGGGAGUGCUCCUUCCCUCUGAACGCGCACAUGAACGCUACCAACCACGCCAUCAUACAGACACUGGUCCAUUCCAUGCGGCCGCUCAUGGUACCCAAACCGUGCUGCGCACCGACGAAACUCUCCGCUAUAUCCGUGCUGUAUUUUGAUGACAAUGAAAAUGUGAUUUUGAAGAAAUAUAGGAACAUGGUGGUCAAAUCAUGUGGAUGUCAUUAAAGCCGGGAACUUGGCUGGCGAUAAUUUCGGCGUUUUGUAUGCGUUUCGUUCGACAAACUUCAAAUAGGCUAAACGAGUUACUGAUACUGACAGGUUGUGCCUUUUCCACGGAGAUGGAACGACGGAACACAAAAGAAAGGUUCGCUUGGAAGACUUACUGGCAAACAUCAGUUCCGACUUCGUGGUUGUUAAUCCCACAAGUUGGACCCGGAGCAGCGCUCUCAUCUUGUCUUGUUUUCCUUUCGGGUCAUGAAUCGUCAAAGACAUUGCUUGAAAAAUGCCCGACCUAAGACUUUUUGUCUUUUACAAGCAAAUACAAGUGUUCAUUUCAUGUUUUAUUUAUGUUUCUUGGGUUGUACAUACAUAUUGUUAUCAUGUUGCAAGUAAAGGCAAGUUGUCCGCAGUUUAGUUGUUACUAGAAGUGAAAUCAGGUGUUUCUUUAUAUAUAGGGACAAGAAAGGGCAUAAUAAUAUGUUGUUUUUCAUUCAUAAAAGGCUUCCGGCCAGCAGGACCGUGACCCAUUGAAAAUCAGUAGACAGCAAUAAACACUUAACUCGAACGUAACAUUAUCAUCGCCCUACCAGUGAUUCGCAAGCCAUGUCAAAAACCGCUUCGAAAAUCCAAAGUAGAGAUAAUUGGUGUGACGUUGCAUGUGGCGACACAUGGUGGCGAGUGAACACAUUAUCCAUCCCACGCCCAAUGUCCUCCCUAGAGAAUUGUUCUGUCCUUGUCUCUGUUCCUGUUCACAGUUCUUUGUUUUGUUCACUAUCGACCACUGGCAUUCGAGAAGUAAAGUUAUGAUAGAUUCCAA